AUGGUGAGCGUCGUCAGCAACGUGUUUGGAGGAAUCUCCAUCGCGGCGUGGAUUCUGAGCCAGCUCCCGCAGUUGACCAAGAACUACCGCGAAGGCAGUUCCGAAGGCCUCUCAACAGGCUUCAUCGCCUUCUGGUUCGGGGCGGGCGUGCUGGAUUUGUUGGGAUGUCUGCUUACGUCUGCGAUUCCGGCUCAAACGGGCCUCGCCGUGACGUGGGUCCUGGUCACCGCGGCCCUCGCUGCGCAGCACCUGUGGUACACGGGCCUCCGGGACACCGUGAAGCACGGAAUGUCGCACUUGGGCACAGCCGACGCUCACAGCUCUCCAGAAGACACUAGAUCUCGAUUGGCGUCGGAUCUGGAAGAGCAGCUCCUCGCGGACGCCGCAGGCACGGAGCCGCGGCACUCGCGCGCGAGCGGCACGUCGGACGAGUACGAGCGGCUCUUCGCGGGCGUGGGGGGUGUCCCGGUGGGCUCUCCAGUGGGCGGCGUGCUGGUGAAAUUGAGCGACCCGCACUGGGCCGCGGACGCGGCGGACGACCUCGCGGCGAAGCACGCAGCGGACGUGCUGCGGCAGCGCGGGUCCGCGGGGGCCGGGGUCGGGGCGAGCGCCGCGUCGCGGGUGUCGGGGGGGAGUGAGCGGCCGGACAGCGAGGAUGGGGGGGGUGUCGCGACGGAGCGGUCGGGGCCGGACGCGGACGCCGGGGAGGCGUUCGGGGAGUUCCCGGGCGAUCCGGCGAGCUGGGUGUGCACGGCUGAGGGGCCGGCGGCGGCGCGGGGCGGGCGGGGGAUGGCGGUGGCGGUCGCGGGGUGCGUGCUGCUCGGCGCGACGGCGGUGGCGGUGCCGUGGCUGACGGGGGCGUGGCACGUGGACGGGCGCUGGCCGAUGCCGGCCGGGGAGGCGUUCCGAGAGCUCACGCGCCAGCGCGCGGUGCUUGUGGGCUGGCUGAUGGGUUGGCUUAUGAGUCUCUUUUAUAUCGGGAGCCGCGUGCCGCAGAUCGUGAAAAACGCAAGGCGGGGCACGACGAAGGGCCUGUCGAGCAUGAUGUUCUGGCUGGCGAUCGCGGCGAACGUCACGUUCGUGCUGUCGAUGCUGACGUCAGGCGACAACUCCCCCCUGGCGACGCUGCAGCGCCUGCCGUGGCUGGUCGACGCGUUCGUGUGCCUGACGUUCGACCUGCUCAUCCUCGCGCAGUUCCUCCACACGCGCCGCCAGGUCGUCGCGUACACCGCCCUCGCCGAGGAGUGUCGUGCCAACACUGGUUGA